GCCUCUCAGUGACGCCACGCGCAGCGAGACUUUCUCCUUUAAAGGAUCAAAGAGCACCAGAAAACACAGGCUGUCGUAGCAGGGCGGUUGCACACAGGGAGGCUAUAUACGUGUGCACGGGCACACACGCGUGUAGCAGCCAGGCAGGGUGGAAAGCAGCACCGGCAGCUCCCCACAGGCUCCAGAGCACCUUACAGGAGCUGCCAUGGCUGGUGCUGGUGAGAAUUUGGGUCCUGAACCCCUUUCCACCAUACCCCCAGAGCAGCAGGAGGAACUGAAGGCUGCACUAAAGAAAGGAGACCUUGUGGCAGCAGCCUCGAAAGCCCGAGAGGUUCUGGCCAGUCUAGACAAGGUGGGUCUCAACAUUGCCGUCACAGGGAUCGCAGGCUCUGGCAAGUCAUCCUUUGUCAAUGCCAUGCGUGGUGUGGAGGAUGGAGAUAGGGACAGAGCCACCACAGGAGUGACAGAAACAACAUCUAAGCCUGCCUGUUUCCCACACCCUCAAUAUCCCAAUGUCAUCUUGUGGGACCUGCCGGGAAUUGGGACACCAACAUUUCGAGCAGACACAUACCUCCAACAGGUGCAGUUCGAUCGCUAUGAUUUUUUCAUCAUCGUUUCCAGCCCGCGCUUCACAGAGUACGACAUCAAACUGGCCAGUGAGAUCCAGGGACUGGGGAAGCGCUUCUACUAUGUGCGCGCCAAGGUGGAUCAGGAUUUGGACUACGAGCGGAGACCGUACGAUCAGUCUGGAUGCCUGAAGAGACCGUCUGCUUCACGCCCACCACAGUACGACGAGGCUGCGAUCCUGAAAACCAUCCGAGAUAACUGCAUUGGAAACCUGCAGAAAGGAGGGAUGGAUUUCCAACAGGUUUUUCUUGUCUCAAACUGGUCCACUAAUGAGUAUGAUUUCCCCAAGCUGCAGGAGACUCUUCUGCACGACCUGCCCAGUCACAAGCGAUUAGCUUUUCUCCGCUCCCUGUCCAACCUCUCUAAAGAAACCUUGAAGGAGAAGAAGAAAUAUUUGAUGGACCAGGUAUGGCUGAAGAAUUUAGCUUCCUUAGGAGCCGGUGUAGUUCCUGUGCCAGGCUUUGCCACUGAGCGCAAUGCAGUUCUCCUGGUGACAUUCCUGACACAGUGCUGCCAGGACUUUGGCCUGGAUGAACAUUCCCUCGACGGGAUUGCUAGGCGCACAAACAAGCCCAUCGAAGAGCUGAGAGCUGUGAUAAAGUCCCCCCUGGGCCAAGAAAUCACAAAAGAUCUCGUCCUUAAGCUCCUGUCCAAGGCAGUAGGUGGGGCAGUGAAAAACACUUUGGUUUUCAACAAUAUCCUCCCCAUAGUGUGUCCCGUGCUAGGUUCUGUGGUAUCAGGCAUCCUUUCUUACAAGACCAUGUACAGCUUGCUGGAGGGUUUCCUGAAUGAUGCUGCUGACGACGCCAUACGUGUGCUGGAAAAGGCUUCGAAGUGAGAAGCCUGUAUGUCGGCAAUGGGCCAGCGCUGGCUCUGUGACAGGGAUGCAACCAAGUGAAAACCCCUCUGCGCUUUCUCCCCUGCUGCCCCAUUCGCGGGAGAGCUGCCAGCAGCCAGCCACGUGCUUCUUCUGCCCUGGGCUGUGACAGCAAUCCCAGCAGGCAUCUCGCUUCCUUGAGCAGCUUUCCUCCCCCGUGCUGGGCUUGCUUUGCUUCUGGACUUGACGCCGAGCAAGGCCAAUGGUGCAGCCUACCCGUUCAGGUGCCUGAGGGAGUCACGGGGUGAUUGGAGACUCCCGCACAUCCCCAUGAGCUUGGCCACCUCUGCCACGGGGCCGUCUCCUCGGCAUGAGCCUUUGCUUCUCUGAACAAUCAUUCAGUUUUGUGUCCAGCUUUCAGGAUUCCUAGGCUCCGAUAUUGCCUCCUUGCGGGUCCCAGCCUGGGCCCCUUUCCUUCCCAAAACUACAUCAUACUUUAAUUGCAGUGACCCACAUUUACUUUGCAUCAGCGGCCCAUGUCCAGUAGUCGCUGCUCGUGAGGCAAUGUGGUUUGGGCCCAGAGACACUUUGGACUUGUCCUAAGGGGAGCUCUUCUCCACAAGCGUCUCUCUCCGGUUCCUCCCAAGACAGCAUGUGCCUGUAUCUGCAGAACUGGGCUCCCGAGCUGAAGGCCUGUGGGCCAGAUCCACCCAUAGGGCUGGGAGAGGGGCAGGGUGCAUGGGGGCAGGCCUGCCACUGCAAUCCAGGGGACUGAGCCUCAGGUGUUACCUGGCUGCGUGACACCCAUGGCUGCCUCCACCGCUCACCUCACCAGUGCUGCCUCGCCGAUCUGGCCUUCGGGGAGCCGAUCCGGCCCUCGCCAACCUGGCCCUUGAGGAGCCCCGGGGUCCAGAUGCAGCCUAGGCACAGAGUCAGUCCGACACUCCUGCUGGACAGCUUUGGAGGAGAAAAUGAGGCAGGGAGUGCAGUGAGGCUGCCCCAGGGACACACGGCGGAGUGUCCGUUAACCUCGGGGAAAGACCCCCUGGGCCCCCCCGCUCCCCCACAUCUGCCUCUGCUUGGAGACGGCGGGGAGCAAAACCCCACGCCUGGGGUGGGAGCUUCCGUAGGUCUUCGGAUGCUUUGGAGGAAUAAUUUAGGCCGUGUUAGCAUGAGCGCAGUUAAUCAGUAAACCACCUGCUACUGAUUGUGAAGAGUCCAGGAUUGCUUUCUUGCUAUUCCAGGUAUUAUGAGCAUUUUACCUUUUGCGGCUGCAAUAAUCACGUCGUGGUUAGACAUCGCUUGCCUUUCUCUGUUUUUAACUGUCUGUUUUCUCAAAUUAAGAUUUACAUUAAAGUUUCCUUAUAACGAU